GCCGCCGCGGGGAGCGGAGCGGUGCCGGGCUCCGCGCACCCCCCCGCCCCAGCGCGCCCGGCCGCGGCACCCGCGCCCCACCGCACCGCCAGCCAUGGCGGCGGCCGUGGACGACAGCACGCUGCCCUCCAUCUCGACUUUCGCCAACUUGUUGCCGCUGGAGGAGCGGCCCGCCGAUAUGCUCCACAGGAUGCUGCAGCAGGACGGCGGCGCCGCCGUCAAGCGGGAGGAAGACGACUUGGGCAAGUUCGUGGACUUGGACUUCAUCCUGGCGCACACCAGCAGCGGCGGGCAGGGGCCGCCCGGCCCCAACUACCCUCUGCCCGAGACCCCCGAGAGCUGCGGCACUACUUACGACAGCGACGGCUCCUACCCCACUCCGGGCAAGUUCCCGGCGCCUUAUCCCGAGGGCCAGAGCCACAGCUACGUAGCCGAGCUACUCACUCCGGACCUGCCCGGCCACUGCGAUCUGCAACGGAGGGAGUACACGGAGCUGCGGGUGCCCGGCGGCCCUCACCACUCCCACCCCCAUCACCACCCGCCUCUGCACCCGUCCCUGGCCCGCCCGCUGCCCCUGGACCCCGCGCAGCCCUUCGGGCCCCGCAUCAAAAAGGAGCAGCCGGAGGAGCGCGCCUGCAUGCUGGGGCUGCCCCCCGCCGCCGACUACCUGGGGCCCGGCGGCGGCGAGCACAAGCCACGCGUGGCGACGGGGCCGGGACCGGUGCCGGGGCCACCGCUGCCCUACCCGGGCUUCGCCCACGGCCGCCUGGGGCCCCCCGAGGAGCCGCUGCCCGGCGCCGACCCCCACCUCCUGGCCGACCUGCCGCCUCACUACGCCGUGGCCCCGCACCGCUACGCGCCCCACUUCGCUCCCCAGCCGCCGCCACCGCAGUUUCAUGGACACUUCAGUGUUUUUAGGGAGCCCCUCAAGGGGCCGGGGCCGGGCCCAGCGGGGCUGCCCGGGCUGCUGGUCACGCCGCCCAACUCCCCAGUGCUGGAGUAUUUCCCGGCCGGGGCUCCCCCCGAGGACUGCAAGCCCAAACGCGGCCGCCGUUCGUGGGCGCGCAAGCGGACGGCCACGCACAACUGUGAAUACCCGGGUUGCGGCAAGACCUACACCAAAAGCUCCCACCUCAAGGCUCACAUGCGGACCCACACAGGUGAGAAGCCCUACCACUGCACCUGGGAAGGCUGUGGCUGGAAAUUCGCCCGCUCCGAUGAGCUGACCCGGCACUACCGCAAGCACACGGGGCACCGGCCCUUCCAGUGCCACCUCUGCGAACGGGCUUUCUCCCGCUCCGACCACCUCGCCCUCCACAUGAAGCGGCACAUGUGAGCCAUGGCUGGACUUGACGUCCCCGGUGCCAGCUCACGGUGUAAAUAGCGUCGGGCUGGGGAUGGCACUGGGGAGCAGCCCAGCUCCCCAGCCCUCUCUGCUUGUAGUUGAUGACUAGUUUUCUCCUCCUGCCCCUGCUGUGAGAGCUGGGCCCAGCUGAGUGGUGGGGAAGGGCUGCUUUGGGGUAUAGAUGGGGAGCAAAGCUGCAGGAUGUGUCUCCAGUCCCUUCCCAGGCACCACCACUUGGCUUCCUGUGCCUGGAGGGACCCCCCCACCAGCCAUGCACCUGGUGAGAGAGGAGGGAGAGCAGCUGAUGCAGCAGGGAUCAGAGCUCCUGGCUUGUAUUUUGGCAUCAGCUUAAGCUUCUCCCCCCAAUCCCACCCCUGGCCUCUACCCCCAAGUCCUAUUUCCAGAGCCUGUGGUGGCUGACUCUGUUGGGGUUUCGGCCAGAGGCCCGUGCCCACUGGGUGCAUGGCUUAGGGUGCUGGGAAGUGGGUUGCUGGUCUCUUGGUUGUAGCCAUCAGAACAUACCUCCUGCCCCAAAAAGCCCAAAGUGGAUGGGGCGAGGGUAGGACGUGACUGUGGCUCAUGGCUAUAAAGGUUUGCAGGGGUUGGCAGCAGAGUGUCACCUUGCAGAGGGAGCAGGGGACACUCCUGUCACCAGCUUGAGACAUCCCCCUCCCACUGGGCAGUCCAGUCCUGGCCACUUCCACAGUUGUUUUUUUUUUUGGCUUGGGAGCCUAAAAUGGCUUUCCUGGCUCUUGUCUACUUUCAUUUGUCUUGUUCUUCCCCUCAGGAUGACACCAGGUACUGCUGCAGCUGCCUUCCCCAUGCUGCUUUAAGUUUUAGUGUGUAAAGGACAGCGAGUCCAGCUAUGAAUGCCCAGGUCUCUGCUAUACUUGAAACUUUAAUGGAAAAAACAGAAAACUCAAAACCAAAAUGAGUCUCUUUAUGUGCAGCUUCUGCAAAAGCAAGUUGUAAAUUAAACAAAGCAGUAAUAUAUAAUGUUUCUGGUUUUUAAUAUAUUUUGUUCUUCCAGCUGGGAACACAGAUGAGUCUCGGCUUUGGGAAGUGCACUGUUCCUGUCUGUGUAUAUUGUUAAUUAACAUUUCUCUGCUUGGGCACGUUAGGUCUCUUGCACUCUGAAAUGUUACUUUUCUUUAUAUGCAAACUGUUGAAAUAUUGUGAUCUGCUGUAUAAUAAAUAAACAAGAUGUAAACAUGAAA